GUGAACUCAACUACUUCAAUAAUGAUCAAUUUAAUAAUCCAGUCUAACAUUAGUCAAUAGUCAUAAUAUACCAAGGUUAACAUGGUGAUGUCACGGAAUUAACACAAUAAAUUGAACAACAAUUAAUACUAACCAACAGUCCAAUACUAGUAACAGUUCAAGUUCAAACGCCAGAAACCCACGUUAUUCAAACAUCAAAAAUGAUAGUUUUAAAAUCAAAUAAAAUGUUCUUACCUUUCUUUUCAAUACUAAUUUAUAUGUUUGCUUGUUCGUGGAUACCUGCACCCAUUGAGGGGGCUAGAAUAUUAGCUGUGGAGACCGUUGGAGGUAAAAGUCACUGGAACAUUAUGAGUGGAAUUCUUCGAGCAUUGGUGGACAACGGUCACAAUGUCACCGUGUUCACGCCAUUUCCUGAGGGAAACCGUGAAAACUAUACAGAAGUAUCCACAUCUACAGACGCUAUAACAAUUCUAGGAGACGACCUCGAUGAUUUGAUGGAUAAAUUUGGUGAUCCCCUUAAAACUAUUAAUCAGGUGUCAUUAAUCAGUAGAGAUAUGUGCGAUGCAGUGUAUGAAAAUAGUAAAAUGAUAGAGGUAUUGGCUAAUAAACGUUCCGAUUUCGACAUAGUUAUAAUUGAACCAGUAUUCUCGGAAUGCGUAACGUACGUCGCUGUCAAGUUGAACUUGCCACUCAUAUACGUCUUUCCAAUACCAACAACAGGUGUAAUGGAACGAAUAUUUACGGGACACGGCUCCAACCCCGCUGUAGUUUCCUUUAACCUGGCAAGUUUUGGUAUUCCAAAAACAUUUGUCCAAAGAACAGUCAAUGUUGCUCUUUUGAUUUAUGCCACAAUCGUAAGAAAAAUAUAUGAACUGAUUCUGAUGUACAAAGAACCAAGAGACUACGAUUUGUAUGCACCCAUCCCACCUUCUUUGGUAUUUGUCAAUAGACAUUUCACAAUGGAACCAGCAAGUCCUAUCCAGUCGAAUGUUGUGGAAGUCGGUGGAAUACAUUUGAAAGCAGCCAAGAAAUUACCAAAAGAUUUAUUAGAAUUCAUUGAACAAUCGCCUCAUGGUGUUGUUUAUUUCACUUUUGGUUCAACUGUUAAAAUGGCUUCAUUGCCAGAAAACACCAAAAAAGCAUUUAUGGAUGCACUCGCACAAAUCCCUCAAAGAGUUUUAUGGAAAUAUGAAGAUGAUAUUGAAAAUUUACCAAAAAAUGUUAUGAUUAAAAAGUGGCUACCUCAACGUGAAAUUCUUUUACACCCAAAUGUGAAACUCUUCAUCAGUCACGGAGGUAUAUCUGGAUUAUAUGAAGCUAUAGAUGCUGGUGUCCCAGUUCUUGGAUUUCCUUUAUUUUCUGAUCAGCCGAAAAAUGUUGACAGUUUGGUCAAUGCAGGAAUGGCGAUUUCUAUGGAUAUUUUGUCCGUUACAAAGGAUGAGUUCUUAAAAAAUGUUUUGGAACUAUUAAACAAUAAAAAGUACAUGAAGAAUGCUAAAACUGCUCAAAAAAUAUUCAGAGAUCGGCCGAUGUCACCAGCAAGUUCAGUUGUGUUCUGGACUGAGUAUGUUAUACGUCAUAAGGGUGCUCCCCAUCUGACAUCUCAUGCAAUUAACCUACCGUGGUAUCAAUACUAUCUCUUGGAUCUUAUUAGUUUAAUAUUAGUUCUUAUUGUUGUUGUGUUUUUCGUUUCCUACAGAUUUUUAAAAUCUGUUACUAAAUAUUUUUCAAAUUAUUCUAGAAAUAUUAAAUCGAAAUCUGAAUAGUUUUUAAUACCAGUAAUAGAUAGGUAAUUAAUAGUUUAUCGGCGGAUCCAAAGUUAGGGAACUGUGGAUUUCUCCAUUUCAAGAGCCCGCGCUUAUUAGGGCAAAACUGGAUCAGAACUCGGUAUCCUGUAACAAAAAAACACAAUAUGCUGAUGAUUCGUAUAAUCUAUAGAUAUAUACAGAACAUUUCUUACAUUUAUUCAUAAUUAUCAUUGAAAAUCAGGUUGAAGACAUGAACAUUUAGUUUGUGUAUUCCUAAAUAUUAAAUUUAUAGUUAAAAUAAAUAUAUUAUGUAUUUUAGUUUAUAAAAGCUAUUUAAUAAACACUUGGUAAGUUAUAACUACUACCUGCUAUUUAUCAUAACAGUUUUCUAAUUUUUUUUUCAUCUGAGGAGAAGUUUCAAUGUCUCAAAAUUAAUUUUUUGAGCUGUACAUUUUUCCAUAUACCUACUAAGUAUCGAAAUAUUUGUAUAAAUUGUCUUCAGUUACUGUACGGCAAAAAAAAAUCUCAAUUAAUUUAACCCGACUAGAACUUAUUUCAGCCAUAUCCGCAGGCCGUAGCACUACUGAAUGGAAGUUUAUCCAAAAUUUCAUA